AUGGAGAAAUUCAAGAACAGAGUCAUCCCAGAAGGAGCUCCGUAUGAAGAGGCUCCAGCCGCUCCCUACUGGCCCUACUCCACCUCCGACUUCUGGAACUACGUGGAGUACUUCCGCUCCAUCGGGGCCUACAGCCAGAUCAACGAGAUGGCCCGGGCCUUCUUCGCCCACCAGCACCUGGGGGACACGCUGGGGUACCAGACCCAGUCCGGCCACGAGCACUGA